UAACAGACUGCCAUAAUUUGCACUAUAUCCGACCAAUUCAACUACCCGGCUCAACGGCAACAAGCCGAGGCCCAUUCAAGUUUCUCUCAACAGACGGAAAAGUGAAGAACUGAACAUCAGUUUUUCCUCUUUGGGCCACCCACGAGAGAGAGUUUAGAGGAAAAAGUGCGACACAGUUUUUUUUUUUUUUUUUUUUUUUUUUUUUUCCCCUUGCUGAAAAUGUGGCAAACCUGAGGUUAGAAGAAAAGAGAGGGGAAGACUGCUGUUCAUUGAACGACCAAAAAAAAAAAGUUGGAGUGUUUCAUGGCGAGACCUACAUGAAAUCCCCCCUCAGCCGCAACAGGAACAGAAGAAGAGAAGCAGCAGCAGAAGAGCCGCCGUACAUUUUGAGACUACAUUACCUGGCUGCACACGGCGAAGUGGCGAGAGGAUGUUGUCUCGGCUGAGUGAGAUGAUAUGGGCGGACUGGAUUUGGUUUCCUGUGGGCCACGGCUGGGAUGACCUGGAGGACCAUGAUGGCAAAGUGUUUCCUAAACCAAAGGACCUCUGGGCUACCAUACCCAUCGCUAUCUGCUUCCUGGUCAUCAGACAAAUAUUUGAGAGGACUGUAGCGACUCCACUCGCCUCCCUGCUGGGAGUGACUGACAAGAAGCGCAUUUGUGCUCCUCCAAAUCCUGUCCUGGAGGCCUAUUUCUGCAGCACAUCAAAGCAUCCUACACAGAGCUCCAUAGAGAGUUUAUGUAAACAGACGGGCUGUUCAGUGCGACAGGUCCAGAGGUGGUUCAGGCAGCGGAGAAACCAGGACCGGCCCAGCAAGCUCAAAAAAUUUCAGGAAGCAUGUUGGAGAUUUACCUUUUACCUUCUUGCUUUCUUUGCUGGCCUGGCAGUCCUUGUUGAUAAACCGUGGUUCCAUGAUAUGAAGCUGAUGUGGGAUGACUUCCCGAAAAUGCCUCUGUUGCCUUCACAGUACUGGUACUACAUGAUCGAAUUAGGCUUCUAUUUGUCGCUAGUUUUUAGCGUAGCAUCGGAUGUCAAACGUAAGGAUUUCAAAGAGCAGAUAAUUCACCACAUAGCCACCAUUACUCUCAUUGGUUUCUCCUGGCUGGUCAACUACAUCCGGGGAGGGACUUUGGUCAUGUUGGUGCAUGAUUCCGCUGACUAUCUAAUGGAGUCAGCCAAAAUGUUCAACUACGCAGGCUGGAGGAAAACCUGCAACUUCAUGUUCACCAUGUUUGCUGCAGUUUUCAUCGUGACCCGCCUUGUUAUCCUCCCCUUCUGGAUCAUACAUACGACGUUGGUGUACCCUCUGACACUCUACUCCCCCUUCCUCGGCUUCUACUUCUUCAAUGGGCUAAUGUUGGUGCUGCAGGUUCUGCACAUCUUCUGGGCUGUGCUUAUCUUGCGCAUGGUCAUCAAAUUCCUGCCAGGCAACGAAAUUGUCGAGGAUGAGCGGAGCGACAAAGAGGAGACCGAGUCAGAAGACGAAGGUGCUGAUCGCGAGCUGAGGGAAAAAUCUAAAAACGGCCACAUGCAGAAUGGCCACGCAGCCCUCAACAACAACCACAAUAAGAGGGACUGAUUGGAUUGUGAGAGGUGGAGACGAGGCUGACGACGGGCCCUCACGUGCAGCCUUUGCCUGAAAGCCAAAGAACAGAAGCGCGGGAUUAUGAAAGUGGCAGCACACAGAAACACACACACACACAUACCUAUAAUCUCUUUUUCUGAUGACCUGGUAGUUUGACGUGUUUAAUUUCACUUCUCUGUGGAGGAAGACUGCGAUGGAGAACAACAAUGAUCUUGUUACACCUUCUCCUCUUUUCUCUUACCAAGAUUUUGUGCUGUUGACCAAGUUGCCUCAUGCUGAACCUGCCUGCUUGUCGCUUUUGUGUUUUAUUAGAAGUGUUUUAGAGAGACUCUGUGGGUAGGACAGGUGUCUUCUUCCUGCACAGUCUGUUAAAACUCUUCUGAAUAUCACUGCCCUUAAACCUGACUGAUUUUUGCUCAAAAUAACCACAUUUUGAGGAGCACUAAGGCGAAUGCGACAACAAUGUCUCUCUAUGGACCAUACCUGAUUUACGACUAUUUACUGAAGUAUUAAUUAAUACUGAAUUUUGUGCAAGUUACUUGCUGCGGCUGCCACUUCGUCUCUUUGGUUCAUGCCAGUGGCUUUGCUAAAAUAUAUUUGUUAGAAUAGUGUUCCAAACGAAAAUAAUAAGUGGUGGUAAAUAAUAUUUUUUAACAGUCUGAAAGAGCGUGAGAAGAUGCUACAUCUGCUACAUCUGUUGACAUUUGUCUGAAAUGCUUUGCCUUUUUCGGAAGAAAACGGCACAGAGCUCGUUUUUAAAUGUUUGUUUUGUUUAUUGCCUAAAAUAUUUUAAGUUGUAUGAUUUUUAUUUGUUUUCAGUCCAGUCAACGGUUUAAAUUUGGGAGCAAUUUGUACGAGUAUAGCCCAAACCAAUCAGUAACUGUUUGUGAAUUCUUUCCGGGCUGGACGGGUCAAUAGCAUUUCCAUUCAGUGUUUUUUGUUUUUUUGCCAUCAAUCCAAAGAUGCACUUUAUGGUUUCUACUAUGGAUCAGCGUUGACUAAAUAUUUAGUUUAAAAAAAAAAAAGCGUAGUAUAAGUGUUUGAUUCAAAUUCAAACGUGAUUUCUUUUUAGUUUAGAGAUUUAUUGAAAUUUAGUUUCAUAUUUAUUCUGAUUACCUACCCAAGAUCUUCCUCGUUGUCAGUGUUUUGGUUCAUUUUGUAAAAAAACUAAACAAAAACAAACGUUUAAUGAAAUCUUGAGUAAAAAUGAAACACCAAAGUAUGGUUUACAUUUUGUACUACCAUGUCAUUUGCAAGUGCCUUUAUCAUUUCAAGCAUUGAUUGUAAAAAAAAGUAUAUAUAUAUAAUUUGUGUCCCUUUUUGUCUUUACUUCUGUUGUCUUUGUGCCCCAACACAUCCGACAGUCAGCGCACUGUAACGCUUUGGGCCUGUAACUUUUCCUCGGCUCAGGACGACCAAUCACCUGCAGCUCCCUCUAAAGAGCUUCGCUUCUACACAAAGUGUUUUUACUCUGCAUAAUAUGUUGCUCAGAUGUAAAAUCAUGAUGAUGAUAAAGAUAAGUGUGGAUAACUA